UGGUUCUGCGAGCAUCCGAAUAACAAGUUGAACAUGGAAUACCAACAAGCUUGCGUGACGACAGGCGCCAGUCACCAUUCCAUAUAUGCACAUCACAAUCAAGGGUACACGCAUACACAACCUGUGUGGUCGGCUGUACCGCAGUAUUCAUAUGGCUAUGAGCAGCACACGCUUGCCGCGCCAGUAGGAGACGCCUUCACCCAAGCUCCGAUAAUGACUUCGGGCCAUACGACGCCAAUUGAACCCAUAGUCGUCGAUGGCCAUCACGGAUAUGCCCCCGUCCCACCAGGGCAUCCUGCGAUAUAUCGCAAUGGUGUUGAGGUCGACUAUAGGCAGCACAUGCCUCCCACUGUAGAGUUCAAUGUUGACGAACUCCUGGAGUAUCAAAGACGUCGUAGCAGUGCCACAUCCGAGGAGAAGGAACCUUUGACACCAGCACAGCGUAGGCGGAAGGCACAGAAUCGGGCUGCGUAUGUAUCGAGGUUCUCGCGUUUCGUAGAUGAAUCAACUGNNCUGACACAUCGCGGUGGCCACAGCCAACGAGCUUUUCGAGAUCGCAAGCGCCAACGAGUACAAGAAUUAGAAGCUCAGUUAUCGGCUCUGGAGGUACGAACCAACUCUCUGGAGUCAGAUAAUGAGCAAUUGAGACACGAGCUGCUCCGUACACAAGAAGAAAACGAAGUCCUACGAAACACUAAGCAACCCCCGUCGCCGAAUCACACAUCGCAACCUGAUCGGCGCAGAACAGUACCAACAAUAGACAGGAGUGGUAGGAACCUACAAGCUCAAUAA